AUGACGGCUGGGGAUUCUGCUGAAUUCGGCACCUCCAAGGCCAACACUAGCCAGAACAACGGUCACCCCGACGGCCCUGGCGGCCCUUCCCACAGCGCUGGCAGCGAUGCCGUGUACUUGGGCGAACGAGAGUCGUCCCCCGAGCCCGUCUUUCCUCUUUUGCAGAACAAUACUAGCAGCGAGACCCUGGCGCAGAAGGUUCAGACCCAAAAACGCACCGUCGAGGAUGACACCGACGAAGAACCUGCCGUAGCCCAGCCCUUUGUCCGCACUCGCAGUCCCGACCCCUCGAGAGAAGAUAUGCCGCAAGAAGACGAACAGACCCAAGCGCGGUCGUUUUACAAGAUGCACAAGUUUACGCUUUACGAGACAGCCAGCCGGUACUAUAUCGUAGGCGGAGAUGUGACGGAGAAGCGGUACCGCAUCCUCAAGAUUGAUCGCAACACUCACGACUCGGACCUGAACAUUGUCGACGAGAAGAUUGUAUACAGUCAGAAGGAGAUGGCCGGCAUCUUGGAUACUAUUGACGAUGGCAACAAGGGCACUGGCGGGAUAAAGCAGCGCUGUACCACGUGGGGCCUCCUCGGUUUUAUCAAGUUCACUGGGCCGUACUACAUGCUGCUCAUCACCAAGAAGAGUACUGUGGCCAUGAUUGGCGGCCACUACAUUUACCAGAUUGACGGCACAGAACUGAUACCACUAACGCCACCCAAGUUCAAACCAGAUAUCCGCAACACGGAAGAGUCGCGCUUUCUGGGCAUUCUUAACAACUUGGAUCUGACAAGGUCGUUCUACUAUAGCUACUCGUACGAUAUCACCCGAACCCUACAGCACAACAUUACAAGGGAGCGAAUUGCCCUUAUAAAUGGCUUGCCUGGAACUACCUAUGAAGAUCCCAAUCCAAUGUUUGUGUGGAACAACCAUUUGCUUGAGCCAGGCAACGAAGCCCUGCAUGAACCGUUUGAUUGGUGCCGGCCCAUUGUCCAUGGUUAUAUUGAUCAAGCUGCUGUGUCGAUAUACGGGCGGACAGCUCAUAUCACCGUGAUUGCAAGAAGAUCUCGCUUCUUUGCCGGCGCCAGAUUCCUCAAGAGAGGCGCAAAUGACGUGGGAUAUGUCGCGAAUGAUGUUGAGACGGAGCAAAUCGUGUCAGAGUCGCUUACCACGUCAUUCCACUCGCCAGGUCCCAAAUUCUUUGCCAGUCCUCAAUAUACUUCGUAUGUUCAACAUCGAGGCAGCAUUCCCCUCUACUGGACGCAAGAUAACAUUGGUGUUACCCCCAAACCGCCAAUAGAGCUUAAUCUCGUGGAUCCUUUCUAUACUGCUGCAGCACUGCAUUUCGAUAAUCUUUUCGAGAGAUAUGGCUCACCCAUAUAUGUCCUGAAUCUUGUCAAGGCGAGAGAGAGAACGCCCAGAGAGUCAAAGUUGCUCCACGAGUACACAAAUUGCAUCAACUACCUGAACCAAUUUUUGCCAGAUGAACACCAGAUCAUCCAGAAACAUUGGGACAUGAGUCGAGCUGCUAAGAGUCGCGACCAAGAUGUCAUUGGCACACUAGAAAGCAUUGCCGAGCACGUAGUCACCACGACGGGAUUUUUCCAGAAUGGAGACGGUGUCAUCUCGCCCACUCAAGUCCAAAACGGCGUGGCGAGAACAAAUUGUAUCGACUGUCUUGACCGAACCAAUGCCGCACAAUUCGUUAUCGGUAAGCGUGCUCUCGGUCAUCAGCUCCAUGCUCUCGGCAUACUUGAAGACACCUCGAUCGAGUAUGACACGGACGCCGUCAAUCUCUUUACUCACAUGUACCAUGACCACGGCGACACCAUUGCUGUGCAGUAUGGAGGAUCUCAACUGGUAAAUACCAUGGAGACUUACCGCAAAAUCAACCAAUGGACCAGUCACUCGCGUGACAUGAUUGAGAGCUUCAAACGCUACUAUAACAACUCCUUCCUGGAUAGCCAGCGUCAAGAGGCCUACAACUUGUUCUUGGGCAAUUACAUAUUCGCCCAGGGACAGCCAAUGCUGUGGGAUUUGUCGACGGAUUACUACUUGCAUCACACGGACCCCAGGGCAUGGCUCGAAAAGGUUCCCCAUCACUACAUUCGCUGGUUUACUCCAAGAUACCUGCAGAAGCGCAUGCUUCCCAACUAUGUUGAGCCAAGGGGUCCGGGCAAACUCAAGCAAGUUUCAUUUUACGACGAUUACUGGCUAGAAUACUACAGACCGUCGACUCUGUCGUCAUUCCUGAAAAUGUUCCCCUACAAGAUGAACUCGACCAUCAAGUACAUUCCUUUGAAAUCUACUCAGGAGGGCCGGUAUGACCUCAGUCCAUUCCGCGUCCGGACCGAAAGUGACGCUGAAGUCCACGAGAGAAAGAAGACAUCAAAUGCCAGCAAGAAGGAGGUCACCAUUGUCGACCCCCACACUCCUCGCAAAGGCAAGGCAGAUGAGGCAGAUGCACACGCGGCUGAGCGCACAAAUAGUCGUGGUAUUUCCAUUCAACGCUGGUUGCAGCCUGUAUCACUAGAUAGCAAGCCUACGGUACCCCAGGGCAUCAUGAAGGAAACCACUGGCAAUGCUGCGGUGCCUCGCAAACAGACGCCACAGGAGAAAUCUACGGCGGCGCAGUGGACUUUCAAGAGCAUGGUUCAUGAAUCGCUCAACCCCUCCGUUGAUGCGCAUGACACGGACGAGUAUCAGCGUUACAUUUCACAUCCGCAAUCGCUACCUUUGGUCGUCUCCAACGAAGCACCUGCCGAUGUCGACGCUUCCGAGUAUACAGAGUAUCUAAACGGCAGCUGGCAGACGGACGGUUUGGCAGAUCAUAACAACACGGUGCCAGAGGAGGACGUUAAUGCAUUCUGGGACUUGUUUAGGAUUGGUGAUAAUCCCUUAACGGUCACGGAAGAGGAUCUGCCCAAGAAGAGGUACAAGGCCUACGGCAAGUGGCUGAGAGGCAAGAGCCUUUUCAAACAGCAGCCUGUCGAUUAG